AUGUCUAAUGGGAUUAGUAGUGCACUGGAAGACGAAAAUUGUGAGUUUUUGGGGAAAUUUUUUGAAAAAUGGAAAUUUUUGGGGGAAAAAUUGGCUCUGAAAUUGAAAUUUCUAAAUUUUUCCAACAAAAAUUUCAGGAAUUUGUUGAAAAUCACUGAAAAAGCACAUUUUUUAAAUGUUCUUCCUGAAAAAACCUGAAAAUUCACAAAAUUCAAAAUUUUCAAGCCAAAACUAGAAAUGAAAGCUAAAAAUUUGAAAUUUCUAAAUUUUUUGGAACAAAAUUUUCUGAAAAUCACUAGAAUUUCUUGAAAAAGCACAUUUUUAAAAUAUUCUUUUUGAAAAAACCUGAAAUUUUGAAAUUUCUUAUUUUUCGAAGAAAAAUUUUAGAAAUUCUUUGAAAAUCACUGAAAAAACGCAUUUUUAAAAUAUUAUUUCUGAAAAAUUCACAAAAAUCGAAAUUUUCAAGGCAAAAUUGGAACUGGAAGCUAAAAAUUUGAAAUUUCGAAAUUUUUUGGAACAAAAUUUUCAAGAAUUCUUUGAAAAUCACUGAAAAAUCACAUUUUUUGAAUAUUCUUCCUGAAAAAUUCACAAAAAUUGAAAUUUUCAAAAAAUUUUAAAUUUUGUAAAAUUCUUUGAAAAUCACUGAAAAAGCACAUUUUUCAAAUUUUCUCUCCAAAAUAAUUCACGAAAAUCGAAAUUUUCAAGCCAAAAUUGGAACUGAAAGCUAAAAAUUGGAAAUUUCGAAAUUUUUCGAACAAAAUUUUCAGGAAUUUUUUGAAAAUCACUGAAAAAGCACAUUUUUCAAAUAUUCUUUCUGAAAAAUUCACAAAAAUCGAAAUUUUCAAGCCAAAACUAGAACUGGAAGCUAAAAAUUUGAAAUUUCGAAAUUUUUCGAACAAAAUUUUCAGGAAUUCUUUGAAAAUCACCUGAAAAAGCACAUUUUUAAAAUAUUAUUUCUGAAAAAUUCACAAAAAUCGAAAAUUUCAAACCAAAAUUAGAACCGGAAAGCUGAAAAUUUGAAAUUUUUCCAACAAAAUUUUCAGGAAUUUUUCGAAAAUCACUGAAAAACACAUUUUUCAAAUAUUCUUCUCUAGAAAAUUCACAAAAAUCGAAAUUUUGAGCUUUCAGCCAGAAAAUUUAUUUUUGAAAACUGAAAUUCUCAAGUUUUCGCGCCAAAAAAUACAGUUUUUUAUGAUUUUCCCAAAAAUUUUCAGCAGAAAAUCCAUUUUCCCAAAUUUCAGGCAGAAAACGGACAAAUACAACGCCGCCAAAAUCGACGCCCAAAAAAAAGACGAAAUUUGGAGGAUUCGGUGAGCAAAACCCACAUUUUCCACGUGAAAAACGUGGGAAAUUUUUCAUUUUCAAUUUUUCGCAGGAUCCGCAUUUUUGAACCCGUUCAAAUCAUUUAUCGGAAUGUUUGGCAAUUAUCAUGAGGAGGCCGAAAAUCAAGGCGAAAAAUCGAGAAUUCAACGGGUUUUUGAGGAAGAUGAAGAAGAUGAUGAUUCUUCUGUGGAAUUUGUGGAAGUUAGGCAAAAUUUGAGUAAAUCGGUGAGCGUUUUUAUCAAAUUUUGAUGGAAAAUUGAUUGAAAGUUCAAAUUUUCAGGAAUUUUUGACCUAAAAAUAAGGUUUUUCAGUGAAAUUUAGGUCCGGAUACAUGAUUUUUGACCUGAAAAUCUGGAAUUUUCAAUAAUUCCAUGAUUUUCAGCACUGAAUUUCAGUCUAGAAACGCUGGGAAAAAUUUCAAAUUUUCAGCUAAGCUGCAAUUUUGUGCUGAAAAUCUGGGAUCAUGAUUUUAAACUUGUUAAAACAUUUUUUAUGUGACCUAUGACGUGGCAGUCAUUUUCAGCCAAAAUGAAAUUUUCGUGCUGAAAAUCUGGGAUCCCAGAUUUUCAGCAGUGAAAGUGAUUUUUGGACCUGAAAAAAAAGGGUUUCCACAAAAUUUUGAUUGAAAAAUGAAUUUUUGACCUAAAAAUAGGGUUUUCAGUGAAAUUCAGGUCCGGAAGAUGAUUUCUGACCUGAAAAUCUGGGAUUUUCAGUGAUUCCAUGAUUUUCAGCACUGAAUUUCAGUCUAGAAACUUCUUUAUGAGCCAUUUUCAGCCAAACUCAAAUUUUUUGCUGAAAAUCUGGGACCUAUUGAUUUUCAGCGCAAAAUUUUAGCCUAGAAACAGACUUAAAGUUUUCAAAGCGUAUUUUUUGAACGUAUGAAAAAUUGCCAAAUUAUUAACCGCAAGACUUCGAGCGCGGCAAGUUACCGUAACUUUCCGCGUUCGCGGAAGCUUGCGGUCUACGGCUUUGCCGCUCGAAAAAUCCCCUAUUUUUCCAGCCCGAUAAGAAGAUUCCAAUAGUCUACCUCAACGAUGAAAAUCAACGAAUUCCAUGUGGAAAAGAUCUAGAUCAACCAAAACAAGAAUCAAGUUCAAAUUCAAGCACAGAUUCAGAUAUUCAAGAGAUUCCAUGCUCUUCAGCUUCAACUCUAACAAUAAAACAGAGUUCAGCUGAAAAUCUAGACGAAGAUGUUGUAUUUGAGAAGAGUUUCGAAAUUCAACAAGAUGUUGAAGUGAUUGGUGAAAUUGAGAAGAAGAAGGAGAAAAAAGAGCGAGUUCCGUCGAAUUCGGAAAUGGCGAGAAGAUUGCAGAAUGAGGUAGGAUUUGGCUGGAAUUUCAGAUCAAAAUUCAUUUUUAGAGUCUGAAAUUUCAGAUUUUCAGACUCUAAAUAUAGAUUUUUGAUUGAAAAAAUAUGGAAAAUCAACGUUUUUUGACUAGAAAAAUACGAUUUUUGGUUAAAAAAUCGUCUGAAAUUUUUUCAGAUUGUAUUUCUGGAUGAAAAAGAGCAAGAAGAUGAUGAUGAAGUUUCGAUUAUCUCGGAUAGUAUUUUUAGUGAGUUUUUUUUGUCUGAAAAUGGCUGAAAAUUCACAUUAUUUGGGUUUACAAAAAUUUACUGUUUCAAAAAAAUUGUAUUUUAUUUUUUUUGGAAAUUUUCUAUUAAAGCCAAAACAAAAAGUUCAUCAAAAAAUGAAAAACAUCAAAAUUUUACGCUGAAACUCGUGAAAAUAGCGAUUUUCAGCAAUUUUUAACAUUUCCAUGAUUUUCAGCAUCAAAUUUGGGUCUGGAAUCUUUUUUUUUUGGAAACUUUUCAAAAAAUUCAGAAAACUGGGAAUCAGAUCAGAUCCAGAAGCUGAAAAUUAUUUUUUCGAUUUUUUGUGCUGAAAAUUUCUGAAAAUCAAUAAUUCCAUGAUUUUCAGCAUCAAAUUUGGGUCUGGAAAUUGUGGAACAGUUAAAUUGAUAAAUUUAUUCUAUUUUUUUUUGUUUUUCAGGUCAAAUCCGCAUUUUCAAUGGUUUCCAGUCAAAUUUUCACCCAAAAAUUCGAAUUUUUCAAAAACAAAAAAAUACGUUUCAAAAUUUUGAUAUAAUUUAUUAUCACUUUUUUCAAUUUUUUUGCUUAAAUAGUGAAAUUGUCUGAAAAUUGAAAAUUCCAUGAUUUUCAGCGCAAAAUUUGAGUCUGGAAAAAUCAGAUCAGAUCCAGAAGCUGAAAGUUAUUUUUUUCGAUUUUUGUGCUGAAAAUGUCUGAAACUCAACAUUUCCAUGGUUUUCAGCGCAAAAUUUCAGCCAGAAAACAUGUUUUUUUUUGCAGACGGUCUAUCUCCAAGUAUCGUAAAUCCAGAUGAUAGUGCAAGUCGAUCAAAUACACCAAAUCUAUUGGCUCCUGGACAAUUUGGUGCAGGUUCUUCAACGAAAAAUAUUCGAGAUUAUUGGAGACGCGCUGGACAAAAAGCAACACCGAAUUCGCAGAAAAGAAUACCGAAAAGUUGGUUUUUUGGGGCAAUUUUGGGUAAAAAUGUGGGAAAUUUUGGAUUUUUAAUUGAAAUUUUGUGAUUUUUGACUGAAAAUUUAUGAAUUUUCAUUGAAAUUUUGUGAUUUUUGACUGAAAAUUUAAGAAUUUUCAUUGAAAUUUUGUGAUUUUUAAUUGAAAUUUUGUGAUUUUUGACUGAAAAUUUAUGAAUUUUCCCUCAAAAUCUUGAAUUUUUCCCCCAGGAAUUGUUCAAAAUGGCAACAUUAUGUCGAUUUCUCGCGUCAGCCCAUCAUUGAUAUCGAAAAAACCGAGACCAGCACAAAAAGCAUCGAAUCGAUUGUCGUUGACGAAAUAUAAGGAGGUUUUGAGGAAUUUUGGAGUUGUUUUGGAAGAGAAAAAUGUGUUAGUUGUAUUUUUUGGCGGGAAAAUCUGGAAAUUUUAAAGAAUUUUGGAAUUUUAAUUAAAAAAUUUCAUGAAAAUCCCAUAUUUUUGAGUCCAAAAUUGGAUUUUUUCGGAAAUUUAGAAAGUUAGGGUCCAAAAUUCGACGUGGCCUAACUUUCACAAAACCUAGGCCACGUGGAAUUUCGGCGAAAAUUUUGAAAAUUCAAAUUUUUAGCGGAAAAAAACCACAUGGCCUAACUUUAUCCAAACCUAGGCCACGUGGAAUUUCGGCGAAAAUUUUGAAAAUUCAAAUAUUUAGCUGCAAAAAACCACAUGGCCUAACUUUGUCCAAACCUAGGCCACGUGGAAUUUCGGCGAAAAGUUUGAAAAUUCAAAUAUUUAGCUGCAAAAAACCACAUGGCCUAACUUUGUCCAAACCUAGGCCACGUGGAAUUUCGGCGAAAGUUUUGAAAAUUUAAAUUUUCCAGCGGCAAAAAACCACAUGGCCUAACUUUGUCCAAACCUAGGCCACGUGGAAUUUCGGCGAAAGUUUUGGAAAUUCAAAUUUUUAGCUGCAAAAAACCACAUGGCCUAACUUGGUCCAAACCUAGGCCACGUGGAAUUUCGGCGAACAUUUUGAAAAAUCAAAUUUUUAGCGGAAAAAACCACAUGGCCUAACUUUGUCCAAACCUAGGCCACGUGGAAUUUCGGCGAACAUUUUGAAAAAUCAAAUUUUUAGCGGAAAAAACCACAUGUCCUAACUUUGUCUAAACCUAGGCCACGUGGAAUUUCGGCGAAAAGUUUGAAAAUUCAAAUAUUUAGCUGCAAAAAACCACAUGGCCUAACUUGGUCCAAACCUAGGCCACGUGGAAUUUCGGCGAACAUUUUGAAAAUUCAAAUUUUAGAGUCCAAAAUUGUAUUUUUUUUUAAUCUGAAAAUGCGAAAAAAGAACAGUUCCCACCUUUUUUUUUUUACAAAAAUAACCAAUUUUUUCUCACAGAAAAUUUUGUGAGAAAAAAAUUAGCAAAAUAAAUUUCGCACAAUUAUUGUUUCCAAAAUUUUCAAAUAUUUAGCUGCAAAAAACCACAUGGCCUAACUUGGUCCAAACCUAGGCCACGUGGAAUUUCGGCGAAAAUUUUGAAAAUUCAAAUUUUACUCUAGAAAUCCUUUGAGUCCAAAAUUGAAUUUUUUGAAGCUCAAAUUCAAAUUUCCUAUCAGGAAUCUGAAAAUGCGAAAAAAAAAGUUUUUACACCAAAAUUUCCAAAAAAAAAAACAGUUCUCUUCUUUUUUUGUACAAAAAUAACCAAAUUAAGUUUUGUUUUUCUCACAGAAAAUUUUGCGAGAAAAAAUUUUCCAAAAAAAAAUUUCCCACAAUUAUUUUUUUCAAAAUUUUCAAAUUUUCCAGAGGCAAAAAAUCACAUGGCCUAACUUUGUCUAAACGUAGGCCACGUGGAAUUUCGGAGAAAAUUUUGAAAAUUCAAAUUUUAGAGUCCAAAAUUGUAUUUUUUUCAUCUGAAAAUGCGAAAAAAGAACAGUUCCCACCUUUUUUUUACAAAAAUAACCAAUUUUUUCUCACAGAAAAUUUUGUGAGAAAAAAAUUAGCAAAAUAAAUUUCGCACAAUUAUUGUUUCCAGGUCCAAUAUUUCAUCAUCCACCUCAUCAUUUUCCUCUUCUUCUUCCACAUUCCGACAACCAAAUUCGAAAUCGGCUGAAUUGAUUGCGAAAGCACAACAAAGGAUACGACAGAUUCAGAAUUCGUCGAGAGAAGGAACACCAUCCAGCAGUGAUCGAUAUUAUGCGGGGUGGGGGUUUUGUUUUUGAGUUGACCUAACUUGAAAUUAAUUUUUUUUCUCUUGCAGAGCUCAAACACCAUCUUCUUCAUCAAUCGCUUCGGAUAUGAGUAGUUCGGAAUCGAAAUUGAGCGAAAUGAUGAGAAAUGUGAAUUUGUUGCCGAAAAAACGGUUGGUUUUGAAGUUUCAGAGCUCAAAAUUGCUGGAAAAUAUACGUUUCAGAAACGAUUCGGAAUCCUACGCUGAAACCUUCAAUUCGGCCCAAGAAAGAUCGGAUAAAUUGAACGAGGAACUUCGUGUUCGGGGUCUGAAUCGACAAACGACGCGAGAAGAUCGACAACAAGAAGUUCGCGAUCGAUUAGCGUUGAAAGGAAUUGUGUUGAAGGAGAAGAAGAAGAAGAAUGAGUUUAUUGGUGGGUUUUUGAAGAUUAUGGGCUCAAAAAUUGAUGAUUUUGCUCAAAAUUUCCAUAUUUUUAGCCUGAACGCUCUUCAAAAUGAGCCCAAAAUCCAGAUUUUUUGGGCUCAAAGAAGCUCUAAAAGUCUCCAUUUUCUGGGAUAAAAUUAUCGAUUUUUAGAAUUAAAAAUAAUUAUAGGUUUUAAAAAUUGACCCACAUUUUGAAAAAAUCACUAAUUUCACCCAGGUUUUUGCUGAAAAUGUGACGAAUUUAAAAAUUGUCUUAAAAUUCAGGUUUUUUUUUCAAAUUUCGGAUUUAUCACCUCGAAAAACCCCCCAUUUUUUGCCUGAAAACUUGAGAGCCCAAAAUCUAGAUUUUUGGAUCAAAAAUCGAUAUUUUCAGCCCAGAAAUAUCGAUUUUCUGGGCUCACAGAAGCCUGGAUAACAAUUAUCGAUUUUUAGGACUAGAAUUGUUCAUAGGUUUCAAAAAUUGACCCAAGUUUUGAAAAAAAUCACUAAUUUUACCCGGAAAAAUCCAUUUCUUGGCUGAAAAUGUGACGAUUUUUAAAAUAGCCGAAAAUUGUCUUAAAAUUCAGGUUUUUUUAUUUUGGAUUUCUCACCUCGAAAAAAAACCCCCAUGUUUCGCCUGAAAACUUGGUUUUCAUCUUGAGAGAACAAAAUUCCAGAUUUUUUGGAUCAAAAAUCGAUAUUUUCAGCCCAGAAAUAUCGAUUUUCUGAUCUCGAAGAAGCUCUAAAAGUCUCGAUUUUCUGCGAUGAAAUUAUCGAUUUUUAGGACUAGAAAUAAAAAUUUCGGAAACAAACCCAAUUUUCAUCACUUUUUUUCAAAAACCCCCCAAAAUCCCCAUUUUCUUUCCAGAAUUACCACCCGAAGCCAUUGAUUUAUGUAAAAGUGCGUGGAACAAACGACUACCUGAAAAUGAGGAAUUCUCCAGUGAUUUUACCCUGAAAAUAUGCCGAAAAGAUUUGGAAACAUUCAGUGGAUUGAAUUGGUUGAAUGACGAGGUCAUCAAUUUUUAUCUGCAACUUGUUUGUCAUCGAAGUCAAGUGGAUUCGAAAUAUCCAAAGGUUGGUGAUUUUUGGGGAGAAAAUUGUGAAAAUUUGAGAUUUUACUGAAUUUUGAACCAAAAACUAAACAUUUUCCAUGAAAUUUUAGAUUUUUCCGAAGAAACAUUUUUUCCAGAAAAAUUUACGUUUCAAAAAAUUUGCUUACUGCGUUUCUGAGCAAAAUUUCGAUAUUGGAAUGUUGGAAAUUUUGAAAAUAAAUACAAAAGCUCAAAAAUUCUCUUAUUUUACUCUGAAGCCCAGAUUUUCGCUCAAAAUCAUCGGUUUUUGGAAGUUUCAACUUGGAAAUCUUGAAAAUUUGGAAAUUCUGGGAUUUUCAUACGAAAAAUUGCCAAAAACUGUUGAAUUUGAUCCUGAAAAAUCUGAUUUUGAAACGUAAAUUUUUCCAGAAAAAUUUACGUUUCAAAAAAUAUGCUGACUGAAUUUUCAAAACCAGAUUUCGAUUUUGUUUUUCAACACAUUCUGAUAAUGUUUCUGACAGUGAGAAAAUUCAAGAAAUACAGAAUUCCUGGCUCAAAAAAUGCUCCAGAGCUCUUCAAAAAUUCUCUAAUUUUACUCUGGAGCCUAGAUUUUCGCUCAAAAUCAUCGGUUUUUGGGAGUUUCAGCUUGGAAAUUUGGAAAAAUUGGAAAUUCUGUGAUUUUCAUACCAAAAACUGUUGAAUUUGAUCCUGAAAAACCAGAUUUAUUAAAAAUUCUGGCUCAAAAAUGCUCCAGAGCUCUGAAAAUCUAAAACUGUAUUCAAAAAUUCUCUAAUUUUGCUCCGAAGCCCGAAUUUUGGCUCAAAAUCAUGGGUUUUUGAGAGUUUCAGCUUCGAAAUCCUGAAAAUUCAGAAAUUCUGUGAUUUUCAUUCCGAAAAUUGCCAAAAACUGUUGAAUUUGAUCUUGAAAAAUGUGAUUUUGAAACGUAAAUUUUUCCAGAAAAAUUUACGUUUCAAAAAAUAUGCUUACUGGAUUUUUGAACACAAAAUUUCGAUAUUGUUUUUUUCCACAAUCAGACAAUGUUUCUGACAAUGAGAAAAUUCAAGAAAUACAAAAUUCUGGCUCAAAAAAUGCUCCAGAGCUCUGAAAACCUAAAACUGUAUUCAAAAAUUCUCUAACUUUGCUCUGAAGCCCGAAUUUUUGCUGAAAAUCAUCUGGUUUUGCGAGUUUUGGCUUGGAAAUCUUGAAAAUUUAGAAAUUCUGGGAUUUUCAUAACAAAAAUUGACGAAAACUGUUGAAUUUGAUCCUGAAAAAUUUGAUUCUGAAACGUAAAUUUUUCCUGAAAAAUUUACGUUUCAAAAAAUAUGCUUACUGAAUUUUUGAAAACCAAUUUUCGAUAUUGUUUUUUUCCACAAUCAGACAAUGUUUCUGACAAUGAGAAAAUUCAAGAAAUACAAAAUUCUGGCUCAAAAAAUGCUCCAGAUCUCUAAAAACCUAAAACUGUAUUCAAAAAUUCUCUAAUUUUGCUCUGUAGCCUAGAUUUCCGCUCAAAAUCAUCUGAAAAUGCUCCAGAGCUGAAAAUCGUAAAAUUUACCCUAUUCUACCCAAGAACCAUCAUUUUUACGCAAAAAUUUGUGAUUUUUAUGAAUUUUGACCCUAAGAACUUUAUGAUUCAUAAUUUUUACGUAAAAAGCACCCUAAACAAUUAUUUUUUUAAAUUGAAAUUAAGCCUAAGAGUUUGGCUAAGCCUAAACCCAAAAUUUGCAGACCUACGCAUUCAACACAUUUUUCUACGCCAACAUCACAACAAAAGGUUUUGCGUCAGUGAAAAGAUGGACGCGAAAAGUGGAUAUAUUCUCAUUUGAUGUCCUUUUAAUUCCAGUUCAUUUAAAAUAUCAUUGGUGUAUGUCAGUGAUUGAUUUGCAACAAAAACGAAUCGAUUAUUAUGAUUCGUUGGGCGGAAGAAAUCAACAAGCUUUAACAGCACUCAAAUCGUAUUUAAUGGAAGAAUCGAUGGAUAAAAAGAAGGAGGCUUUCGAUUUUGAUGGAUGGACUUUUAAUUUGUUGAAUGUGAGUGGGGUUUUUUGGGUGGGGAAAAUUUGGGUUUAAAAUUUGAAAUUUCUGAAAAACGUCAAAAUUUGUGCUAGAAAAUGCAGGAAAAAAAUGUUUCCCAACUCGAAUUUUGAGCUGAAAAUGAUGGGAAAUCGAAUUUUUUUGCUUUUUUUAAUCAUUUCCGAUCGAUCUGUGUGCAUUUAAAGGCGCAUACCGUACCCCCGUGGAUUUUUUUCCUGAGUACUGUGGCUUUCAAAUAAAAAAAUUUUCGGCCCACAUAUUUCUACGAUUUUCAGCUCAAAAAUCAAGUCUAGAACAAGGAUUUUUGAGCUUCCACAAAAUUCCAGAAUUUUUCUCUCCGCUCUGAUUUUAUCCUGGAAAUUCAUGAAUAUUUUGAAAAUGUGUAGAUUUUCCCCCCCCCCGGAAAAAAUAGGUUUCAGAAUUUCUAUGUUCAAAAUUUUCAAUCGUAGAGUUUCGAUUCAUUUUCCCAAUUUCCAAUGGUUCUUCAAAUUUAAUUGUGAUUUUUCGGAAAAAUCCCAAACUUGAAAAAGUGUCAAAUUUUGUGCUGAAAAUUAUGGAAAAUUGAAUUUUUAUGAUUUUUUUUUUUGCUUUUUUAAUCAGUUCCGAUAGAUGUGCCUUCAAAGACGCAUACCGUACCCCCAAAAUUUUUCUAGGUGGAUUUUUGUCCUGGGUACUGUAGCUUUCAAAUAAAAAUUUGUUUUUCCCCUAACCACGUGGUUUUUUUUUCGCUAUUUUCAUAUCAACUAUCAUCAUCAAAAUCAUUCCAUAUUUGAUAAUAGAAAAGGUCAGAUGUCCAAAAAUCGAAAAAAUACAAUAUCUAUGACGUCAUUUUUCAAAUUUAUGAUGAAAUUUGAACCGAAAAAUCUGGAAAAAAAUGGUUUUUUUUUCGUUUCAGGACAUUCCACAACAAGAAAACGGUAGUGAUUGCGGUGUGUUCUCGUGUCAAUUUGCCGAAUUCGCUUCGCGUCGAACUCCGCCAAUAUUCACCCAACAACACAUGCCAUAUUAUCGAAAACGAAUGGUUUAUGAAAUUUGCACCAAAAAAUUGCUAUCGACGAUUUGA